AAUGCGACAAAUAAUACAAAUAUUAGUAACCGUUAUGCUCAUUCAGCUGCCUGCUCUAGCAUUAUCCUAUAUGGUGGCUCAAUUUCAAAUCAUUCAGGAGUUCCGCUUGAUUAUUUGAUUACUUUAGACUUGCAAACUUUCGAAUUUUCAGAACUUGCAACGAAAAACAGGCCUAGCAUUGACGAUGUAUCAACUUGUCAAAAUUUUAAAACAAAGAAUCCUAAUCGAAAUGUUAUCAAAGUCUUGGAUUUAUCACAGAAAGAUUAUACAUGGGUUGAUGAAUUUGUCACUUCAUCUACUUCAGGAGUAAAUUCAAGCCUAUCAUCUCAAGAGAAACCAAAAACAAACACUGGAUUGCUUACUCAAAGUAAUCUGGAUUUAUCAGUGAAUCGGAAUAGCAAUUUCUGA